AUGAAAGCUAUUUAUUCGAUGUUUACAGACAAAAUGGCAGAGGCAAAGGUUGAAUGGGCCGCGCUUGAGUCAAACCCGGAUGCUAUCAAUCCGUUCUUGGAGAAAAUCGGUGUGAAGACCGUCAAAUGUGUCGAUGUGCUGUCAUUUGAUGACGAAUUCCUCGAUAAUCUUCCUAAACCUCAAUACGCAAUGCUUCUAUGUCUACCCGAUUACAAAAAGGUUGAUGAAAUAAUGGCGCCAACAUACGAGAAGCUUCGCUCAGAAUGUGUAACGCCCCCUCCCAACGUGUUCUUUAUGGAGCAAAAGAUAAGCAAUGCUUGCGGCACGUUUGCGUUGUUCCAUGCAUUGGCGAAUAUCGAGGAUUUGGUAGACCUUGGUUCUGGUCCUUUCCACAAAUGGCUGGAAGCUGCCAAAGGAUUAGGUAUCGAUCAAAGAUCGGAUCUGCUUGCUAGUGAUCCUUCACUUGCUGCUGCUCAUGAGGAAGCUGCUCGUCGAGGUGAUUCUCGCCAGCCGGAGGAAGUUCAGCACCAUUAUAUCUGCUAUGUGAAUAAGGAUGGAACUCUUUAUGAGAUUGACUCUCGAGCUCCAUUCCCGCGUCCGAUCGGUGUAAGCAACGGUGAUAAACUUGUCAAGGAUGCUGGCGCUGCUUGCAAACAUCUGAUGGAGAAACUGGACAAUGUCUCAUUCGCGGCUAUGGCACUUGUCCCAAGAUAAGCGUGAGCAUAAUACAACGGCGCUUUGGCUUGAUCAUUCCGCGGCAUAAUAAUCUCGCAUCUGAUCCCCUCGGCUUUGGAUCUUCUUUUGUGGUGUGUGUACGACGAUGCUUUAUGUGAUAUCGAUAACUCGGAUGGUUCUCAGUCUUUGCUAAAUCUGUCAGCUUACAUUUUCUAUCUGUGAUUAUUUCCGGUUUCUAGGCAUGUUGUCACGGUUCUAUUUACGGCUUUAAUAAAGGGCUUUGAUUACUU